AUGGAAAUGGUGGAACCUAUGAAUCUGUUUCAGUGUUAAUUUGGGAGCCAAAAUUGAACAAAAAAUUGUAUUUUGAACUCUUAACUGUGUUGGUUAUUGCGUAUUCUUUGUUGACAGAAGUACUGAAUCGGUAUAUCACCUCUGUAUCAUCACAACAUCCUCAAAAAAUCGUUCACGACGCCGGCUGGUCCUAUCCUGUAAUCAGCAAAGUAGCCACGAGAAAUGAAGUGAAACAAAGGAAUGUGAUUGAAAAUGUAUGAAAUUUUCUCAUUUUUAAGAAGAAUUCGAUUAUGUAACAGUUUUUUGCCAAAACGGAGCAAAGCGUGGCAGUAACGAAAAAAAAGUGAAACGAGAAGAAAGGUUACCGAAUGCGCAUGAAACAGCCGGCGAUAGUCUGCUCAUUUUGGUCAGUGGUGCGCGAAACCGACGAAAAAUAAGCAAAAAUUGUCGAAACGCCUAAAGGCCGCUGUUUUUCUCGGCAAAGCGAGAAGCAAUAGAGGUGAAUUUAAAAAAUCUGAAGAAAACCGGCAAGAGCAGCGAGAAGUGAUUGUCUUAGCUGUCGGAGGGUGACAAGGAAAGAAAAGAAAGGAAAAGUGAAAUCCAAUUCCCAAACUGCCACCAAAAUGGCAACCACGGUGAAUAAUCGGGUCGAGUCGAGUGGUGGCACUUUAGGCACGCGGAAAACGCUGAUCAUCAUGGUGACGGUGGUUGGGUGUAUCGCGAUUCUAUGGCCAAAAGUUUUCUACCCAAUGAUGACUGGUCCUGGACAGACCAAAACUGUCAUCAAGGAUCAUCGCGGACCAGGUUGUUGCGAUGUUGUGUUAGAUCAGGAAACGUUUGCCAAUGCGUCCAUCAAUGUUCCCAGCCAGCAUAGUUUGUUUCGGAAACGAGUUAUAGGUCCGGUGGAAGAACAUAUAAGUAUACGCCAGGAACGACCACCGCACCUUCGGCCAGAAACGGUACACCCAGCCAUGCGAGAACGCGGUCGCGCCAUUCCACAAGCGGGAUCGAUCCACAGCGAACGGCCAUCGUCGCAGCCAAGGAUAGUUGAAGGCAGGCCCGGUCCCAUACCUGGUAUGCGCCCGCCUAUGGGAGCUGGAUCUCAUCAGCCUACAAAAUCCGCCAACUCAAUGGGUUUCAUAAUGCCACUCUACACCAUCGGUAUUGUCUCAUUCUUCAUCUACACAAUACUGAAACUCGUAUUCAAGAAAACGCCAACCGCGCCUUAUCCGGAGAUUAAACCAGACCCGACCUUCAGAAAUGAGGUAUUCGCAACAGAGCAGUACAUCAAGCGACCCGAAAGUGGAAACACGAAGCUAGCCUGGAAAGAUCACAGCGCAAGACAACCGAUCACCAACGCAGAGAACGGUGUUCCAGCUUCAGCAGUGCCAGUGCCCAGUAGUAACGUUAGCCACUCGGUACAGUCGGAAAUCAGUGGCGACUAUGAGCAGCUGGUUUCCAAGCCGGAACGUCCUGCAACGACAGACGCUGACGUAGUAGAGCUGGAGCACAUUACUCUAGCUCCGAAAGAGAGCUGCAACGAGCAUGUUAUCGCCAAGGAUGACUUUGAACAGCCGAGCAACGAUCCCACUACCGAUCAGGUAGUUGAUGGAUUCGUUGUGCAGGAGGUUGUACGGAAUGACGAGGAAGAGAAAAGUAGUGGCAUUGCUACACAAGUAGCUAAACCGAAUGAACAGGAAGUGGACGACAAAAUUUACGAAGCAGCAGAAGCUGCAGCUGUCGAGCUAGUUGAAAAAAAUAUUGAGCAAGCUGAAACUUUUAUUUAUGAGUCGAAAACAGACUCGGACAUUACUCCAAAGCAUACAGACAUCGUUGAAGAACUCGCGACUGCGCAAUAUGCUGAUAAUAAGGAUAAUUCUCUGAUUGCUGAAACUGAAAUAGUUGAAUCACCAACAUUGGAAUCUGUUUCUGAGCUCGAUCAAGUAGGAACCGAUGACACUGCUGAAGAAGAUGCAAUAAGAGCUAUUGCUCAACAGACAUCGGAACUAUCGGUUCCUUUGCACGAAGAAAUGGCGAGGGAAACUUGUCCAACAGACCUUGAAUCAGAAUUGGUAGCUACUAGAGUUGAGAAACAAUCCCAAUCAGAUUCUAAAAUUGAUGCUGCAUCAGUUGUUCCUUUUGACAAAUCUCUUGACGUUGGAACGAAAGAUGGUGCUUCUGGUGACGAAGCAAUCCAAGAUUUGGAUAUAGAAUCUGUAACUGAAUCACUUGCAACUCAAAUGGAAGAGUUAGUAAUCCAGCAUAGCGAACCGGAAGAUUUCAUAGCUGAAGUAUUGAAGCAUACGGAGAAGCUGACUACGGAUGCUUCGAAAGUGCCAUCGGAAUUAUGUAAUGAAUUAAAAGAGAUUAGCAAAGAUGCUGAACCGGAACAUAGGUCUUUUGAUGAUGAGACUCAAUUGGAAGCGAUACAAGUGCAGAGCGAGAAAUCAAAAUGUGAUGAUACCGAAGUACUCAAACAAGCAGAGGACUUAGUAACUGAAGUACUCGUGGAAGCUAGGGGUAUCCAGAUGGUGCCUUUGGAGUCCUGCGCUGAACUAGCGGAAAUUAGCAAGGCUGCUGUUGAAGAAAUUGAUGUAGAUGAGCCACAAGAACUAUCUUCAGAUGACAUAGCUGACACGGUUUCAAAUGCAGAAUCAUCUAUCAAGAAACCUGCGGCACAAGUGGAAGAUACUGUUUGUAAACAAAUUAAUACAAUCGUUACAGAUGAAGUAGUGAAGCAAGUUUCCGUUGACACCGUUGACCAUGUUUUAGAUGAAGAAUCUGUCAUCAAGAACCUUGCAACACAACUAAAUGAUAUAGGUUGUAAAGAGAUUGACACAACUGCUGCAGAACCAGUGGAACAAGUUCACGAUAAUAUCACAGAACAAGUUAUUGAUGAAGAAUUUGUCGUGAAGCAGCUUGCUGUACAACUGGAAGAUGAAACCCUUUGUAAACAGAUUGAAAUUGGAACGCUCGCUGAUGCACUUGUUGGAGAGAUUUUGGAGCAAGCAGAAGACAUUGCUAAUAAAGUUGAGACGAAAGAUAGUUCUUGCGAUGACGGAACUCAAUUGGAAGCGAUAGAAGUUCAGCAGCAUCUCGAACCUCAUGUUUCUGGAAAAGAAGAGGCAGUAUCAAUUGUAGUAGUUGACGAAAUAAGUCCUAUUGAGGACGGUAUCUUACUAGAUGCAACAGAUCAACCAUGUGAAAUGCCUGAGAUUAUUGAACACAGCACUGAAUCACCAGAUUUGGAAAAUCAAACAACAAUGGCUAAGGAAGCAAACGAAAACAUUCAAAGGGAUGUUGCUGACGAAAAAGUUGAAUUAGUGAAAGCCUCGGCAAGCGUCGAAUCACAAGAAUUUGAAAAGCAGGUAGAUGCCGAAUCAUGUCAAGAAGUUGAGUCAGUCGUUGAACUGCCAAUUGAAAAAAAUGCAGAGGGCAUUGCAAGCACAGCAGCAAAUGAAUUGGCAACGAAUGAUGCGACGAAAUUGAUCAUUUGUGAGAUCGAGUUAGAAACUACCCCAGAUGAUGAAGAAACUGCAAUUAAAACAAUUGCGGAGACAAUUGAUGAGGCAAUAGCGCAGCAGGCAGAGGAAGCAGAUGAAGCAGAGAUUAGAGCAAUUGCGGAAGAGCUGGAAACAGAAGAAACCGAAAACAGCGAGACUGCAGAAAGGCUCCCCGAGUCCAAUGGUCAUGUAGUCAAAACACCAGACAGCAGCGAUAGCGAGGCAACCGAAGAGACACUCAAGUCACUACCAAAUGCGGCUGAAGAUGCGCUAAAGGUCGAGAAGCAAUAUGAAACCGGCGCGGUACCGAAGAAACGUGAAACCAGCGUAGAUCGUGGAACCAUGAAAGUGAUACCGAUGGAGAAAAAAGCCAAAUAUGAAACGGGUAGGCAGCAAUCCAACCGUCCUGCUACACCGGUGCAGUCUGUUAUACUGGAUGCGUCACACCCCGAAGCCGACACAGCAGAUUCUAAAUGUAUCUUACUAGACUCAAAAUCACCACCGGCAUCGAAGGUUGUAGUAGCUGAUUCCGAUCUCUCCAUCGAAACACUAGACGCCACCCACAAACAUUGUGAGGAAGCGCCGUUCGACUUGAACCUGAUAGUCGUGUUUGAGUCAGUGUCAAAUCUGAACCAAGGUCGUAGCUUGGAGCUUAACGUACUGUUAGGAUCUGAACCAACUGCGAAUGUACAACCCUCAGCAGCGACCCGAGUGGCAUCUCCAACGAGGGAGGUGGUGCUCAGCGGAAAAAUGAAACUUUCAUUGGUCAAACUGGAUGACAACAGCAAGAAAUCAAAUGACGUAGUAGCGGCGGAAGUGCAAGAUGAUGGUGCCGAGAAUAAAAAAGGCGAUUCUCAUGAGUGGACCGCUCCGACUGAAGAAUGAAGCAAUUUUGCACGCCAGUGAAUCUCUGAGAAUUUCCGAUGCACGAAAUUCGAGAACUAUACGGUAAACAUGAUGUCAAUGAUUGCAUGAGCUCUUAUUUUUUAGAACUGGCUCUAAUUCGUGUUAGAUGGGAAGCGUUAAAAUUGCAAAUGUUUAUAGUUAUCCCAUUUUCAAUGACUGAGAAAAGUCGUACGUGACUACUGAAUAGAGGUGGCCAAAUUAUUAUUUUUUUCCAUAUUUAUUAAGUUGCACUGUAGCUUUUCUGUACAUACUUUAGUGUCACAAAACAAUCGGCUCAAUUUUUAGGACGUCUUUGGUCCAACGAAACAUCGCUCAGAUAUUGAAUUAAACUUAAGCUAACAAACGACUAUGAAUUCUAAAAAUAUUUAUUCGUUACCACAUUUGAUGUCUAUUAUAACUAACUUGACGCGGUUGUAAACAGAGAGCGCAACGAACGCUACUAGUAUUGUCUUGGUUGUUACGCCACCGUAUAAUUUCAAAGCAGCUCACUUACAGCUUCUUACACCAUUUGUUAUUGACAACUGUCUGUUAUCUUGCUUAAGUUAUUCUCUUUAGUUUAGCUUCAAUCAUAUUUAUAUAUUUCAGAGAAAUAGUAAUUUAUAUGAACCUAUAGCAUAGGUUUAGGAUACAUAACUUUUUAUUUUAUGUUGAAACAUUAUGUAACCUCCGCUCAAACAGUCCCAUUUACAUUGUUACCAAUAGAGCAGAUAUUCUGCCUAAAUAAACAAGUAGUUGCCAAGUUUCGAUAAAUAUCGUAAAGCAAAAAAAGCAAACGGUUGUAAAACACAGCAUACUUAUUGUAACAGCAAAAUUGACGUGUAAUAAAAGUGAUCAAGUUAA